ACUACAGUAACUACAAUUCCCAAUGAUACUUCUAGCAACACGAACAUUUUAGCCAUGUCUACUAUAUUUAAAAGUACAAUUAUCGUUUACCCUUUAUCAUGGGGCAUGUAAAAUUAGAAAGUAUCCACACGGUUAUCCGUGAUCCUUUAUAAUAUUCGUCACUUUUAAAAAUAUAUUACAUCGACAACGUGAACUUAUGCCGAAUAUUGCGCGCGAUCGAUUAAUUGUUCAUAAUCGAUGAUUUUGUUAAAAGCAAUGUUCAAUGAUUGUCCUUGUAUGGACGGCAGGGUUCCGUGAACGGGAACAGGAAGUGAAGGGGUCCAAUCAAGUAGCAGCAGAAAGGUGAAGGACUGUCAUCCAUAAUCGACGAUCCGUUUGGUGUACGAAUGGACCAGAUAUGUGACACGUCUCUUCGAACAGGGGCAAAGUUUACCUGGCAGCGCUAAAGUAAGAUAAAUCCAAUGCUGGUGCGUCAAGAGUGAAAGGCUGAAGAUCAAGGAACAGGAUCGAUCGUUCCAACUGCAUUGGAAAUUGGAAUGUGAAAUCAAGAUGGUGAUGGCGGCGGAUGGAUCGGUGGUGCUCGUUAUUGUCGCGCACCGUUAUUGAAUCCCUGUUCCGCCGCCGUAAUUCAGAUCAGAGAAUGGAAUGGACGGAUCGUGUCCCUUCUUGCGUCCGGUACUUGGAGAACAGAGUAGAUCGGAUAGAGCCGUUGGGUAUUUCGCACAGAAAUUGGCUCUGUACAGGCCAAACUCGGAUACCGUCGAUUUGGGAUAUCACACUCUUGACAACAAUACCUGCCGGUCGUCGUCUUCUCCGACUGCCUUCAUAGUAUCGCCCAAACAAUCCUCGCAACAGUCAAAGAGGACACAUUCGAUUGGACUGUGCCAGCUGAACGACGAUGUACUGCUGAAGAUAUUCUCCUGGCUAAGCACUCGAGAUCGAUGUAUGCUCGCCCAGACAUGUCGACGGCUUUGGGAGAUCGCGUGGCAUCCCUCUUUAUGGAAGGAGGUAGAGGUGCAUUAUCCACAAAAUGCAAGCACAGCUCUGGCAGCUUUGGCGCGCCGUGGUUGUCAUUCCUGCAUCCGCCGACUGGUGUUAGAAGGUGCCAACGGCAUUACAGGAAUAUUCUCUUCGCUACCUUUUUCAAGUCUGACGUCUCUGGUAUUACGACAUUCUAAACGAAUUAACGACGCAAACGUAACAGCCAUCCUGGAUAACUGCGUGCAUCUCAAAGAAUUGGAUUUAUCGGGAUGCAGUAGUGUAACGAAAGCUUACACUCGUAAUGUAAUACUACAGUUGCAAUUGCUCGACUUAAGUGAUUGCCAUGGAGUGGAUGAUUCUGGCUUGAUGCUUACGCUUUCUCGCAUGCCACAUCUCGUCUCUUUGUAUUUGCGGAGAUGUGCUCGCAUCACAGACGCCAGUCUCGUGGCGAUCGCCUCGUAUUGUGUCACUUUGCGCCAACUAUCUGUGUCAGAUUGUAUGAGAGUCACAGACUUUGGUGUCCGUGAACUGGCAGCCCGUCUCGGGCCAUCAUUAAGAUACUUUUCGGUUGGUAAAUGUGAUCAAGUCUCGGAUGCAGGGCUCCUGGUCGUUGCCAGGCAUUGUUACAAAUUGCGCUACUUAAAUGCUCGAGGUUGCGAAGCACUCAGUGACAGCGCGACGCUUGCCUUAGCUCGGGGAUGUCCACGAAUGAGAGCUCUAGACCUAGGAAAGUGUGACGUUGGAGAUGCCACUCUGGAAGCCCUCUCGACGGGAUGUCCAAAUUUGAAGAAACUUUCUCUGUGUGGCUGUGAGCGAAUUACAGAUGCUGGAUUAGAAGCUCUUGCUUAUUACAUUCGGGGCUUGAGGCAGCUCAAUAUUGGCGAGUGCCCAGGUGUUACAUGUGUCGGCUAUCGUGCGGUCAAACGUUAUUGUCGACGUUGCGUCAUUGAACAUACCAAUCCAGGUUUCUCCAGCUGAUCACUGCCAAGCUUAUCAUAGCUUUCUCUAUUCUGAUCUAUUUAUUAACAAAUGUUCUUCCAUUACUUAUGAUAUUGUUUGUAAAAAGUGGAGAGUGAGAGAGAAAAAGAGAUUACUCUUUAAUCGGCGGUAAAUUUAGCCGGUAAGGCUUUUAAACUUUUUAAAGAAAAUCAUAUAUUUAUUGUUUUGUAUAAUUAAAUAAAAAUAACACGGAUAUUCCUUGUGCUUCUC